AUGCAAGCAACCUCGCUCCCGACCACUUCCUCGAUCCUUGCCCACUACCCGAACAAUAACUUCCUCAACAUACCUUCAAUCGUUACAUCCCCUUCCAUACCUACUCCUGCUUCAGACACCUUUCUUUAUAACAUACAAGAACCCUUGACCAGUCCAAUUGCUCAGGCAAUUUCUGCUCCAGUUACUCCCACAAGCAGCGUCGCUCCUGGCUUUUCCACACAACCACCUAGAAGAAACAACAAAGGAAAUCAAAAUGGUACUACCGACUCAAAAACUAACGGUUCUAAGA